AUGCCAGUAAGGGCCCUCAAUUACCUAAUAUGUCAAAAACUACAAGAGAAAAGAUAGUAUCAAUAACCAAAAAUGUUAGCUGGUAGCGUUCUUUCUGUUAUCGCAAUUGCUGCAACUGCAGUUAAUGCUGCUAACUUAGGUAACCCAAUUUUCCAACAAGGUCAAUUCUCUCAACAAGUCUAUGAUGGUUACAAUCUUUUAAAACAUUUUGGUGGUAAUGGUCCUUACACUGAUGGGGUAGGACAUGGUAUUGACCGUAAUCCUCCUGCACAAUGUGAAGUCGAUCAAGUUAUUCUUAUCCAUCGUCAUGGUGAAAGAUGGCCAGAUCCAAGUGUCGCCGAAGGUAUGAUUGCUGCUUAUAAAAAGAUUCUUAACACCAACUUAACCUUAACUGGUUCUCUUGGUUUUCUUAACUCCUGGGAAUCAUUCUUAGAUACCCCAAGUCUUUGGGCUGAAGAAACUUAUUCUGGACCAUAUGCUGGUUUAUUAAAUGGUUUCAGAAGAGGUGUCGAUUACCGUGCUAGAUAUGGUCAUUUAUGGAAUGGUGAAAGUAUCCCAAUUUUCUCAUCUGGUUACGAGCGUAUUAUUGAAACUGCCAGAAGAUUUGGUCUUGGUUUCUUUGGUUACAACUACACUGACAGUGCUUACCUUAACAUUAUUCCAGAAACUGCAGAUCAAGGUGCCAACUCCCUUACUCCAGUUUGUUACACAGAAUCCUCCACUACCACUUAUGGAUUAAGUAACUUCACUCAAUUUGCUUCUGCUGCAAGCAGAUUGAAUGCUGAAAACAAAGGAUUAAACUUAAACGCUAGUGAUGUUUACAAUCUUAUGCUUCUCGCUCCUUUUGAAUUGAAUGGUCGUCCAUUCUCUCCAUGGACUGAUGUCUUCACUCUUGACGAAUGGGUUGCAUUUGGUUACUACAAUGAUUUAGGAUACUACUACGGUGGUGGUGGUCCAGGUAUUAACACUUCUGCUGCUAUUGGUGCUGUCUAUGCUAAUGCCACUCUUACCUUAUUAAACCAAGGUCCUUCUGUUGGUAAAUUAUUCUUCAACUUCUGUCACGAUACCAACAUUACUCCAAUUUUAACUGCUUUAGGUUUAUUCGUUCCAGACAAGCCAAUGCCAGUUAACUACAUUAAACAUGACUCCAUUUACAAGUCCACAAACUUUGUUCCAAUGGGUGGUCACCUUGUUCUUGAAAGAUUAUCUUGUAAUGCUACUUCUGAACAUGAAGCUGGUACUUAUGUUAGAACUGUUGUUAACGAAGUUGUUAUUCCUCGUGAAGAUUGUCAAGAUGGUCCAGGUUUCUCUUGUCCAUUAGCCAACUAUACCCAAACUCUUAACGAAACUCUUCCAGAUUUCCGUACUGCUUGUCAAGUUCCAGAAGAUUAUCCUCAAUAUUUAUCCUUCUUCUGGGAUUUCAAUCAAACCAAUGCCCUCAACUUCCAAAAAGGUCCAAUUCCAUACCAAUUAGGUGCCACCACUUGGAACGAUCAACCACUUGGAAGUUAAUCACAACUAACUCCAAAAUUUGUCCUUUAUACCUUAGAUGUUUUACCCUUAAAAGUUAAGAUGUUAGUUUUCUACUAAAAACCUUUUAUUUCUUCGUUACAAUUGCUCAAAUGGACAUCGUUAUUGUCCUGCUUAUUCAUCUUUUAGAUGUUAAUAUAAAAUUUUUUUUAUACACAACUUACAAGAAUGUAGUUUCAACUAACUUAAAAUGUCAACAGUUAGCAUUUAUAAGAAGUAUUUGCUAAUAUUGGCAACAUUUAAUAGUACUAACGUACACAUCACUAGGUUGGUUGCAAAAAUUUUCAUACAGCUUGUUCCUGCAUACGUGGUGGCACUAAUUAUUACUAUUUUGUUUAAAGGAACAGCUGCAAUGUCCCUAUAAUUUUCAACUAGG